AUGAAAAUUUUAAUUGUAAAUGGGUAUGGCAAAUGUCUAAAAGGAUUCCGAAGUUCCGAACAUUAUAAAUAAAUCAUAAAAGAUGUAUUAAUGAGUCCUAAAUUCAGUUGCUUACAGGAAAGAAGGAAAUGAUAGACACAGAGUUAGAGUUCUUUAUUGCAGACAGGGACACAAUUGAUGAUUUUCUAUAUGAGAUUGAUAGUUCGUUUGUAAGGAUAGAGUGUGGCAAGAUGUUCGAUUCAAUAGAUUUGAUAUUUUUUGAGGGAGAUGCCAAUCUCAGACCUUGGUCUCCUAAUGCAUAUAAGUUUCUAAUUCUAUUGAGAAUGUGCAUGAGAAGUAACAAAAUCCUCUUUGCUUCUUCCUUUGCUAUGCAAGGAUUGGUGUUCUUGAUAGCAUCUAAUAUUGAGUGUGUACAUUCAUGCUUUACUUUAGUAAAUUUCAAUUAUAAAUGGAUUAAACGGAAGUUAACUAGGAGACUUGUCUAGAAUUAAAAAAUCAAUGAACGAAAUUCGUAUGAGUGACUAUUUUCUUGAUAAUGUAACUGGUGAUCUGUACAGUUUCAAUUACGAUACUGGAGAAUGGGUGGGGAAGGGCAAUGCUGGACUGCAUAGUAGAAGAGCAGCAGAGGAGUUCAAGACUAUUGGGAAGUAUAUAGUAAAGGCACCUCAAUAUAAGGUGUAGAGGAUGAAAGAAAUAGAUUAAUUAUAUGUUUCAAAGGAAAACGAGGUUGUUUGUUCAUUGCGAAAGAACUCUAUGCAUAAUUAUUUAUUCUAUGAUUUGCCAUUUGAGUUCGUAGUUCCAUUCAAGAAUUCAUGGGAUGUCCAUCCUUUUAAUUUUGUGAAUCCAAAAAAGACAUUCCAAACCAUGGCUGAAUGUGAAAAAGGUGAAAAUCCUAUUCUAUUUCUUAGGUCCUCUGGUGAUUUGCAUUUCCGAUAACAUAGUGGCUACUCAAUUCUCAAUCAGAACUAAAUAUAAAGAAACUGUGUAGAUGUUAAGAAACUUUAUGGGCUACUAGCUUAGUAAUCACUUUAAUUUCUAUAUUAUAGCCAAACUAUGUUCAGGAAGAGCGUAAACCAUACCUAUAGAGGUUGCCUCAAUCAAACAAAAUGACAAUGCCAUGGACAUCUACCUAGAACAACUCAGUAGGAGUAAGUAUAGUAAUUAAAAAACGAUCAAAUUUAAUGUAAUCACAGAAUUUCAUCAUGCUGGAUUUGCAGCUAAGAAAUCCAACCAACUUGAUGUGGUUGUAAACAAUGCUAUUGGCAAGAAGAAAUUCAAAUAGACACAAUAGAAGCUAAAUCCAAAAGACAUAGAUUAACUCUUAUUCUAUGUACAUAAUAUUAUUAUUGAAAGAGCUCUUCCCCUAAAUUCUAAUCAACUCAGUAAUAAGAAGUUGAAAGGAAGCCAAGCAUCUAUAGUGCUCAGCCAAAUCAUUUUGAGGAAAAACCUUAAGUCUUUUAAAAAACGAAUCUAGAGAUCAUCUAAAUUCUACAUCCCUCAAUUGAUACUGCCAUAUUUACGUAGAAUAAGCCUUUUUGGGUUCCUGGGUAUUUAUCUUAGUGUCGUCUUCAGAAAAGUCAAAUGAGCAAGAAACAAAAUACAACUAGUGAGGAUGGCCCAUCUAAUACUCACAUUUUGACUGAGUUUAAGUAAAACACUACUCCAAGAAUGCCUAGGAAUUCAUCUCAACCUCAUUUCAGAGUUAUCUAAAAAGAUAAGUGGAUGACCAACAAAGAUUUUUAAGUUUGA